AUGAAUAGGCAGAAAAAGCGAGCUAGUACAGCCGAUUCACUGUCAUCGUCCAACUCAAGCAGUUUUGAACUUUCUACUGAGGAAGCACAAGCGACAACAAUGUCAGCCGUGAUGACUACUGCACCCACACAACAAAAGAAGUUUUCGUCGUCUAGCACAGAAUUCGACUCGAACACGGAUGCACCGGUCGCUAUCGCUUUGGCGAGAGCAACAGUUAAGCCUCCUGAUGCGCAGUCAAGAAGCACUUCUGGCUUAUCGAGCGUUUCAAGGACUGAUGACGAUGAUUCUUCAAAGGAUGAAGUGAUAACUGUGCACCGUUUAUGGGAACGGUUUCUGGACUUCAAGAAGAAGGUAGCGGGACAGCACCAAGAAGUGCAAGAAUGGAUGCAGGGUUUCAAGCGCUUUGCUACCUUCACUACACAGGAAAGAACGAACGCCAGCAGAAACCGAGAAAUGAUCCAGACUAAAGAAAAGAAGAGUCUACAAGGAGCUCUCCACAAGAAACCGCAAUCCUCGCAAAGGGCUACGCAGCCAAAGAAUGAGAUGAGAAGACGACAUUUCAAGGAUCAAAGACAUCUGAGGAAGUCCUUUGCGACCUUGCAAAAGAAGUCAAGCACAGCAACGAGCCUGCAAAAGGAGAGCGCAAGCGAAGAAUGGCGCGACGUCGCAUCAGAACCCAAAGAUACACAGAAGGGAAAAGGGCGCAAGCGGAUCACAGUGAAUGGUCAAAGAAGACAAGUACCAGCAUGGGGCAAGGAGGAAGAAAACCAAAAAUGCUCAAAGCGAAACCACCACGAUGAAUUGGCUGCAGGACUCCACGCAAGCGCUCACGGAUAUACAAGCCAAGGAAAGCGCAAGGAGGAUAAAAACCUAAACCUCAGAAGAGGAGGAGGACCACCUGGACAAGUACAUAGAGAAAACCCAGGUGACGAUAAUGAGACUCCACGAACACAGGACACGGCUAGAAGAAGCCCAGGAGGAGGAUAUCGGGACUGA